AUGGUCCCUAUCAAUGCAGUCCAUGCUUCCACCACCAUCAAUGAUCAAUCACUCCAAUCAGCAUCGCUAGAGCUCAACUACGAGCGCAGCACCCACCUAGUCGACAUCAUUUCCAAGGACGAGAAUCUGCGUAAACUGCGUUUCGACAUGCACAGACUCGAAGACGACAACGAGGAGUUGCGCCAACUCUUGACACAAGAAGAGGAUCGCUCAGAAUCCCUCGAAAAGACCAUCAACGACAACCUCGCUCGUGCCGAAGAUGCUGAAGCCCAUGCCAUCGAUUUGCAAACUGACUUGCAAGCUGCCGAGCAAGAACUCUCAAUACUCAGGGUAUGCAUCUUGCCAUGCUGUCGCAUACACUGGCUUACCAUAACCCCGUCUAGNGCAGAAACAAACGCUCUACGAAAUGUCACGACAGACUCCGAGAAGCUUCUGACCGAGAAACUCGACCUCGCCCGCCAACUAUCCACCCUCAAGCCAGAACUCGACCACUUACGCGCCCAAGUCGAUGCCAACCAGGACCUCCUCUCCGAAAAGCUCGCUCUGCAACGACAAGUCAGCGAAAUCCAAGUCGAACUCGACCACGCCAAAUCCGAAGCUAAGCGCGCAAUCGCGAAACGCCGCAACACUCAACACGAUUUGAACCAGCAAGACACUAUCGACGAUCUGCGCAAGGCUCUAACAAGGGAGAAGCGAUUGAGAGAGAAGGCUCAGGAAGAUCUCGAAACCGCUCAGGCCGAAUUGGAGCGCGAAAAGGACAACGCCCAGCGCAAGAACACAACAGAAGCUGCAAAGGCCGAGGAGAAUGCCAGUGUGCACGUCGAGACCGAAGAACUGCGUCGCCAACUCGCAAAAGAGCGCAAGGAACGCGAGAGGACCGAGAAGACACAUCAGAAGACUCAAUCCGAUUGGGACGCCACAAAAGCAAUCCUGGACGACAAGCUCAACCUAUUCCGCACAAAACUGAAGUCGACCAAGGAGAAGCUGAAGGAAACCGAGACACAGCUCGAGGAGGCCCAAAGAUCUGCUGCAGCCGACGCAAGAUCAGCACCUGUCGUAGCCGAAAAGACCGCCAAACAGACAAAGAAGAGAAGCGCUGCACAGAUGGACCCAGACUCGCAGAAACUAGGAACACCAGGCAACGCCAAACCACCCAAAAAGGGGCGCAAGGCCGCAGCAGUCGGCGACAAGUCAACGUUCUCCAUCACACCAUUCUUGAACCGCACAAUGAGUGUUGCACCCGAAAGCCCUGAGCAAGCCGAGGAGGCUCCAGCAGAAGCGGCUGCUGAAGAAUCGGAAUCGGAAGCUGAGGCAGAAUCUCCAAGCGCAGCCAACGUCCGAUCAACCACAGAAACUGCUCCCAAACCAUUAGCGAUCGUGCCUGCAAGUAAGAGCAACAUCAAGAAGGCCAAACCCGCAACCGAGCCGAAACCCAAGAAACAAACAAAGAAGCAAGCACUAGAACAAGUCGUCGAAGAGGUCGAACCUGCAUCUCAAGAAGAGACUGCAGCAACCACCAAAGUCCCUGCCUUCAAGGCCAAGAAAUCCGACGCAGAGUCGAAACCGAAGCCCAAGCAACGCAAGUCUCUUGCAACAUUUGCUGCCUUUACACAAGAGCCAGAACCAGAGAAGAAACAAAAGAAGCGAAAGCUUGGUGGCCUGGGCAAAACUCUGUUCGACGACGAGGAUGAUGCGCCUAGUAAGCCACUUCCUGGUCGCGGAGGUGGCUUGUUCGGAGCAACACGUCUGGGACCUCUUGCAGCUGGUGGUGUACGAGGUAGCUUCAUUGGCGGUAUGGGCAAGAAGAAGUCUGGCCUUUUGACAGCGGACGAUGGUUUCAUGUUUUCACCUCUUAAGAAGGAGAGGAAAGCUAUGGCUAGUUUCAUUCAGUGA